UUUCCCCAAAUCCUCUAUACCCAUGGCGUCGGAAAAGCCUGAAGAUCCGAUGAACAUCUCCGCCGGAACAGACGAGGAGACUAUAGCUCAGCGGAGAAAGCGGCUCCGGCGAGUAAGCUUCGCCGACCGAGAGAUUACCUCCGUCCACAUUUUCAAGCGGGACGAAGAUUACGAGACGCCGCCCAACUCCUCCGCCUCGAAGCCGCAAAACGGUGAACAAGCUGAUACGUCAGAGUCUGAGGACAAAGUGAUUAGGUUUUUCGGCGAAUUAGCUGACAGCGAAGACACUGGAGGAGACGGCGAUGCUGAAGAAGACGAAGCUGUGGUGGAGAAAUUUUUGAGGCCCAAAAAUUCGCCAUCUUCAGGUGGUAGCACUAUUGGUUCCGCUAGGAGUGAUGACGAGGAUAAUUUCUUCGGACCUGUGUCUUCCCAUUUCAUCAACCCUGGAAGAUUGUCAGACGCUACAAUCUCCGAAGAGCACCAUGACAUUACGAUGGACUCCACGGCCUUUUCAAUGCAUUUCCGGAGUCUUGCGAUGUCGGAGUCUGGAGACGUAAGGACCCCUACGAGCAGCCAAGUUCCAGUGGAAGAGAAAACACCAACUCAGGUUACCUCCAGAUCUGAUACAGGAAGUGCAAUGGUGUUAACAUACCCUAAGAAGCUAUUCCCAAAAUCUCCUUUACCAGUUGACAAAGGAAGCGGUGGUGGAGACUCGAAUGACAUGAGUCUCGUAGGUGAAGAUUCUCGAAAAUACGAUUACGGGCAUAUAACUCCUGCAUUAGCCGCUCUACUUGGUGAUGAAAGCGAUGAAUUGCUUCCUGCAUCUUCUAACACGCCCGUCCAUGAUUUUUCCUUGCCCCCUCAAAAUGGAUGCAUUCCCAUGGGUCAAUCUUGUAAAGAAUCAGGAAUAUUGCUGCAUGAAUCAGGAAGCCAACGUUAUACAAACGAGGCUUUCAGUUCCUCGUCAACUAAUAGAAGGAGGUCUAUAUUGCCCCAGUCCUUUUCUUGUGUUACUCCUUCACCUCCUAAACAUGGUGGAAGCUUUAUGAGCAGGGAAACUCUUGCACUAGUUGAGAGCUUGUCAACCAUCCAGAAAAGCAAAUCCAGACUUGGACUGAUUCCACCAUCACCUGCUUCUGCUCUUUCUCAAAGAAUUGAAAAAUCAAUGCUUCAGUUGUCAGGACACCGUUCCAUGACUACCCCAUUGACUACUGGCAGGGAAGAAGUAGGUGUCCGAAAGCAUACAGAUAUCCCCAUUACUAACUUGGAGGAUUUGCUAUCUAAAGAUGAUGACAGAACACCAGUUUCUGAAAAGAAAGGCAUACCAGAUCAGCGCAGUUGUGGUGCAUUGAGCCCUGCUGUUGACAGUAGCAAUUUAUUUGCAUGCAUAAGUCCUGAAGGAAACACUAAUUCUGGCAUAGAGGGUUCACUCUUAAGACAACAGGAAAGAAAUCAGAUAGCCAGCACCCCUGAGAAGUUUGUGUCACCUAUAGCAAAAUCGCCAAAUGCGAAGACGUCAGCAUUGAUGAAUGUUGUUACCCUUCAUGAUCAAGAGCAGCACAGUAAAGCCAUCGGGAAUUCUGAGACUGGGGAGGGACACGCGACCAAGGAUUGUGCUAGUAAUUGUUCUCCGUAUACGUUAUCUGACAAAGUGGAUUCACUGCUUAGAGAAUCUUGCGUAUUACUUAGCGAGACAGGCUUCUUGAAUGGCUCUGCUCAACAAAAAGAGAAAGACAGCGUGCUGACCAAAAAUCAAGACGGAACCAACAACAUCAGUGCUGCCCGUUGUGAAAGUGAAGUUAUCUUAACUGGAAACUUCCCUGCAGUAGUGGCAGAAGACCUUCCUAAUACAUCUGGCUCUUCAUCUAUGGACAGAAGUAAGGAUGACGCUUCACAUGCUAAGGGGCCAUCCAGAUUGAAAAGGAAAGCCAAAGAUGUUGAUCGUGCUGCUAGAAGUGGUAGCCCCAAAGUCAGGAAAAGCACAGUGUAUAUUUCAAAUCCAGUGAUGGACCACCCUGAUGGCAACUAUGAUGCUAACGACUGCCGCGUAAUUCCUAAACAAGUAAUAAACUGGGUAGAGAUACCAGGAAAAGUUUCAGUAGAAAUCAAUCAAAUGCUUGCUCCAUUGUCGGAUAAACUGAACUCAAGACAAAUAUGCAAGCUGGAAGAUAUAUUAACGCACUUGAAGAAGGUUCAUUUGUGUGAGAUGCUUUGUCUUCAAAUUAAAUCUCAGAAAGUAUGCGACGACUUGAGUGGUGCUAAGACAAAGAGACGUGCUGAGAGUAGAUCAUCACUCUGCAAGUUAGCAUAUGAAAAAGCCAAACUUGAGUUGCUGCAACUCAAGCAAGAGAUAAUGAUGAAAAAGUUUCAAGCAGUGAGCACUGGUGUACAAACAUCUGAAAUAUUGAAGUUGAAUUGUGCCAAGCUUUUACAUCAACAUGAUCUCCAUUCUACUGGCUUGUUUAAUCCUGAGAAAGCUCAUGAGGAUACUAAUAGUAAAGGAGCAGAGAUAACGGAGGAGAUCGAAGUAUUGGACUCAAAAAUCAAGAACUUGAUCAAAUGUUUUCCUACAUGCGACAAGAUGGCAGGAGAACCUGCAUAUGCAGAUACUAUUACGAUUGCUGAAGAUAAAUUGAAAAAGAAAAUGAAUUGCAGAUUUAUACGUCAAGAAAUUCUGGCCUGGAAAGUUGAAAGUUUGGGCGAAAAAAAUGAUUGUCAGAGCAUUGUUCUAAACUAUCGUGGCUUGAUCAACCAAAGGCUCACAUUAAAGCCUGGACAUGCUUCAUGUGUAAUGAUUUCAAACAGUUUGAGUGAUGCAUUCACUAAGCAUUUCCCGGACAUGAAUGUUUCAGUUGCGUUUAACUCCUUGUUUAACGCUGAAUACCCCCCGAAGUAUGUUGGUUCCAAUACAUUGUUGGAGAUUACACAGAAAACCAGUCUGGUCUUACAUAAUAUGCUAGAUGUAGCUGAGGAAUUACAGUUAGCUCGAAUGGAGAUACCAAAUUUGGUCCAAGGAAAAUUCGAUUCUCCGUCAGCGGAGCAGCUCCAUUUGCAGAUUACCUUCAUUGAUUGCAAAAACUUAAGAAAAAUAAUCAUGAUUCUCGAUAUGGCAUGUUUGAUUCAUGGGAAGUAUCCUGGUGACAUAAUUCCUUGCGAGUUAAUCUCAGGCACAAAUAGAGAUGGUGCUGCGUCGAAACAACUGAUGAAUGAGAUAGAAUCUGCAAUGGAUGGUGUUGGAGUCGGAUCUCCUCGGAUAUUGAAACUCUGUCGUUGCGUUUCCAAAUUGUUGCAAUCACAAAGCAGGAGAUGAUUGAUGUCUAAUUUCGUAACACUUCACGUUAUAUGCCGGUUUGUUUUGUAAAUAUGGCACAAGGACUACUAUUACUAUUACUGUUACCGCUACUAGAGAAUAGUAAAUCCGGUACGGUUCAGGUGCAAACCCGGUUAGUUGGGUUUUAA